AGGUGAUACUCUCUGGAAUCAUAGGAUUAACAACUUGGAAGAGGCCUAUGAUACUCCUGGUAAACCUGUUUGUGCUGCUCUCUGUGGUUUGUGUCCUCCUAAAUCUAGCUGGAUUUAUCCUAGGCUGCCAAGGGGCCCAAUUUGUAUCCAGCGUACCCAGGUGUGAUCUGGUGGACUUAGGUGAAGGCAAGAUUUGCUUCUGUUGUGAAGAAUUUCAACCAGCCAAAUGCACAGACAAAGAAAAUGCCUUGAAACUCUUUCCGGUUCAGCCUUGUAGUGCUGUUCACCUCCUACUUAAGAAAGUCCUCUUUGCCCUGUGUGCCUUGAAUGCCCUGACGACCACCGUCUGCUUGGUGGCCGCCGCCCUCCGCUACCUCCAGAUAUUCGCAACCAGGAGAUCCUGCAUCGAUGAAUCUCAGAUUUCUGCUGAAGAAGUGGAAGAUCAUGGGCGUAUCCCAGACCCUGAGGACUUCGUGCCACCUGUGCCUCCUCCAUCCUAUUUUGCCACAUUUUACUCAUGCACACCCCGGAUGAACCGCAGGAUGGUUGGUUCUGAUGUCAUCCCACUGCCGCACAUCUAUGGAGCUCGAAUCAAAGGUGUGGAAGUGUUCUGUCCCCUGGACCCCCCGCCUCCGUAUGAAGCCGUGGUGAGCCAAAGGGACUGUGAGCAGGGACCUUCAUUCCAAAUACCAGAAGAAUCAGAAGCUGUUGUGAGCCCGUUGGAACCUGUCUGUACACAAGUGACUCAAGGUGGUGAUAUUCCUAGCACACCUGGAGAAGAAAGCACAUCCAUAUCAACUCCCAACUCGACCCUGGUGCGCCCUAUGAGAAGCCGGAGAACCCUCCCGCCCCUGAGCACAAGGUCCAAGAGUGACCCAGUGCUCCAUCAUUCCGAGGAGAGAGCUGCCCCGGUGCUCAGCUGCGAAGCUGCAACUCAGACUGAAAGGAGGCUGGAUCUGGCUGCGGUGACUUUGAGGAGAGGCUUGAGAUCCAGAGCUUCGCGAUGCAGACCGCGGUCUUUAAUAGAUUACAAAUCCUACAUAGACACCAAGCUGUUGGUGGCGAGGUUUCUGGAGCAGUCCUCUUGCAGUAUGACCCCAGACAUCCAUGAACUUGUUGAAAACAUUAAAUCUGUUUUGAAGUCUGACGAGGAGCACAUGGAGGAAGCCAUCACAAGUGCCAGUUUCCUAGAACAGAUAAUGACCCCGCUGCAGCCCAGCACGUCCAGGGCCCAUGCGCUGCCCUCGCGGAGACAGCCUGGCCUGCUGCACCUGCAGAGCUGCGGCGACCUGAGCACCUUCAUUCCGGUGGGAAGGCCGCGAGCUGAGAGGAGGCCCCGGCGAGCGGAGGCCGAGCGGCCACACAGCCUCAUUGGGGUCAUCCGAGAGACUGUCCUGUGAGCCCGGAAGAUGGAAGGCUACUCCAAGGAGAAGGAUUCCCUCCUCUCUGUGUCGUCUCCUGGCUGGGAGUUGGGGGUCCCCUUCAGAAAGAGGGGCGCUCUGGAGGACAUUUGUUUCUGCUCUUGGGCUGUCCUUUUUGCUGCCUGAGGGCAUUCAAGGGUGAAUGCCCAGAUCCUUCCCGGCCCAUUUGGGCUUGGGAUGCACCGAAGGGCAGGCUGUGAAGGCAGCGACUCUCUCCGUCCUCUGCUGGGUCUCACAGCAUUCCCAAGGGUCACACGCUGCUGGGGCAGAACCUGGGCUAAAGGCUCUUUGCCCCCCUCACGUCCCUCUUUGUUACUAAGUUCCUUCCCUCUUGAAAGGACAGAUCUGCUGGGCUGCUAUUUAUAGCUGCUGGUGGCUCAUCGGGUUGGCAGGAAACACAAUGAUUAACCCUCUUGUGUCUGGUCACCCUCAAAUCACACUCUCUUUAGGAAAAACAGGAAACUUUUUAAGUGACAAGUUUUAAUGAAAGACAUUUAGGGAGAGACUUACUGUUGAUUCCAUUUAUUUAUGCUUGCAAAACUAGAGAUGCCCAAGGCAGAACUGAGAAUAAAUAUGUCGACUUUGGACCUCUGGGCUGGGUGUG